GCCGCCAGCAGCGGGUGGCAGGUACCCCCUGCGCGUGGGGAAGCGAGUCGAGUAAAAUCGUUCGUACGGAUAGACCGACGCGACGGAAGGAACUGCCUGCGGUGCCUGUCAUAUGGAGCCGAGCGACGGGGCGGUGUGUUAGGCGAUCGGCGGUGUCCCGCUUCCGCGGGACGAACGCGCGGGCCUACCACGAGAGGAGCGCGAAUGAUCGAUCCGACAGUCCGGAUCCGGAAGGCCGCUACCUCGGACACCCUGAAAAUGGCGUCCAGUAAACCGCCGGAGAUGAAUUACACGUGCGAGAUUUGCGGCCUGGAGGGCUUCAACGAUGAGGAAAUGCGAUCGCACAUGGUGCAGUACCAUCUCCAGGGCGCCGCCAACUGCCCGUUCUGCGACCUGGGUGAGAUCUCGCCUACGGAGAUGCUGGUCCACGUUAACAGCGCUCACCUGGAUUACCUGACUCCGAGCACCCCGGAGAAUGAUAUGAUGGCGUUUAUCGACGAUGACUCGUUGAUGGAUGAGCACAACAGACGCGACGAGUGUCGGGCGCUCUCGCCGUCUAUGUCUCUGCGACCACCUCAUCUGCAGAACGGCUGGGGUAGCUCUAUGAGUCAGCGCAUCAAGCAACAGCAACAGCAGCAGCAGCAGCAGCAACAACAGCAACAACAACAACAGCAGCAGCUGUUGAGAAAGCCGGUCCAAGUAGCAAGUUCCAACGUGAAUAACAAUAACAACAAUAACAACAGUAACAAUGCCAAUGCUGUGUUAGAAGGUGCAGCGGGUCAAGGUUCACCGUUGCGUUCAGGCCUAAAUCUGCAACUACGCUCGCACGCUUCCCCAAAACUUCCAGUGCAGGAGUGCCCGAUGUGCCCCUACAGUUCCGACAGUCCACUGAGGCUGGAAGAGCAUAUCAAUCGCCAACACUUUGAUCUCACCUCGCCGUCCUUCCCGCCGGAAUCACCGCCAUCGCGGGACGGAGUCUUCAACUGCCCCCUUUGUGUUACGUCUUUUCCGAAUUCUUCUGAUCUUGAGUUACAUGUCAAUAUCGAGCACAAAGAUAUACUUAGCCCUGCAAACGGAACAAGUUCACAAUCCGAUACGGCUACUAUCAGUAGCGACUCCACGCCUGCCUGUCCAGUAUGUCUUAGUACAUUAUUUAAAAAUAAUGACGACCUAAUGGCACACAUCGAAGAGCACUUCAACAAGAAGAGCACGCCGUCGCCCGUGACGCCAGACGUGUCGACCGACCGUAUGCUAGCGAAGGACAUGGAGAGGAGAGAAAAGGAAGUAAGGAAACUACGCGAACAGCGCGAAUUCGAGAUGUUGAGAGCGCAGUACGGUAUGGACAAUCAGGGUAACUUCAGAGAACAAAGUGUCACUAAUAUGCAGCGGGCUGUGUAUGCGGGUGAAAUGACGGUGGCCGAUUUUUUCGAAAGACAAAUCGAGCUCAGAGUCGCCGAAAGUAGCGGUAUCGACGACGGCAGUUCUUGUACGCGCGGGCUGGUCCCGAAAGUACGAGCCAUUAGUCAGGCUUGUAGUAAUAUAGUGAAUACCUGGAUGUGUUCCACUGUGGACCAUUACGCAUCGACUUACGGCGAUAAGGGUUGGGGCUGCGGUUACAGAAAUAUGCAGAUGCUAAUCUCGUCUCUCUUGCAGCAUACAGGAUACAACGAUCUAGUUUACAAAGCGUGGAGCUCCGGUGCCGGCGGCAACAGUUCCACGGAGAAUCCCCUGCGUAGCUCCAUGCCAUCGAUCUCAAGAUUGCAAAAGAUGAUCGAAUGGGCGUGGGCGCAGGGGUUUGAUAUCCAGGGUGCGGAGCAACUCGGCGGUAAACUCGUUAACACUAGGAAGUGGAUCGGCGCCACGGAGGUAUUCACGCUGCUGUCUAGUUUGAGGAUAAAGUGUCAACUGGUGGACUUUCAUAGACCUACCAGCGCAGACGGCGGUCAUCCUGAAUUGUUCAAUUGGGUCUUGCAAUACUUUCAAAGAUGCGAAGACUUCAAGCCACCUCUUUAUCUUCAACAUCAAGGGCACAGCAGAACAAUCAUGGGCGUGGAACAGCUAAGGGACGGUUCAAUAACCAUGUUGGUGUUGGAUCCGAGCCAUAGCCCACCGCAAAUGGCGCAUUUCAAUAGUACGAGUAGCGCGCCUGGAGCGAUGAGGCUCGUACGGAAAUCCACCGCAGCAAUGAAGGCCAGACAGUAUCAAGUUGUAGCUGUAACCGGUACUAUGGAUACAGAAGCGCAAUACCAGCAAAGUAAAGUAUUACGAUCAAUGCGAGUUCCUCAAGACAGGUGAGAGUUGCUGGUCCGAGAAAUAAUCGAGCCUCGGGCAAAGACUAUAGACUACUGCCUCAAACCAAUCUUAUCCAAUAUCCUUGAAAUUACGUGACCGCGAUGUCCUAUGUUCUUCUACCGCUAGCAGACUUAUUCCAUUGUAGUAUAUUAUACAUAGUUGCAGAUCUCGUAUUAUUUAACAAUAUAUUCUUGCAUCUCUCUAGUCGUUAACGAUGGACUGACUUCUUGAAUCAUUGUGCCCGCGCGAAGCCUGUGACGCGGUGAACAAUUUUGCGGAGCUAAUAUUUAAAUAUCAAAAGAUGGCUCUUCGUCGCGUCGCUGUAAACGAGUACGUAAUCUUUUUCUGAACGGAGAAAUCCUUAAUUUUAAAUAAAAAUUUGUCGUGCGCGUAAAUUUCUGCGAAGAGAAUUAUCAGAUUCAAGGCGGGGUGAAAGGCCCGUGGGAACAUAGUGUUAAAUCGAUCGUCAUUUCUUGUCCAAAAUGUUCUGCUCAAUUUUCGUCGCACCGAACAGGCUGUGCUAACCCUUAGUCGACCAAUCGUCUUGUACCGAUCGGUUGCACCAUCGAAAAAGCCGUGGCAGAGCUUGGAAAACGAGACUUUUUCGUAGCUGUGAUGCUGUUAUCAAUACGACGCUAAUCAUUCACAUCUAACGGAUACACUCUUGGAAACGCUCCAGAAUCAACGCGGUGUUCCCAGCACUUGUCUCGUUCUACAACUUACAAUCUGUGACAAAGAUUUCCAUCAAAGCGUUGUCGACUUUUAGUCAAUAUAAAAAGUGCCGAGAGCCGUACGGUGCAUACUUUACGACAAGUUUUAUAUAACAAUAUGAAAGAGAUAUUCUUUGACGCAUUUUGAUUGCUAAAACGCUUCUAUAAAAGAAUCUGGAGUGUCUGCAAAAGUGACCAAAAAAUCGCAUUUUCAUAUAUUAUAUAUAUUAUAUACUAUAUACACACACAUACACAUACAUACGCCACACAUAUAUUACACAUCUGCACAUUCUUCGUUAUAUCGUAUUUCACUUACCCACACAUAAAGUACAACUACUUUCAUAUUAAUUACAAAUAUUCUAUUUAAUUAUCCUAUUGACUUUAGGCUACUUAUGUCAUAGCUCGUAAGUCCAACGCAAUGCUGUGAAUGAGAAGAUAGAUGAAAAAAAAAAGUCCAUUUACUUGUUAUUUAUAUUAUACACUUGACAGUUAUGUGAGUUAGUACAUUCUUAUUAUUACUCUCUUAUCAUAUUUCAUAAAUUGUACUGAUAUAUAUCUAAGAUCUAUUUAUUAUAGUUAAAAAUAUAUUUGCGACCAUUCUAUGAGGAAGCGUGAUGCUUCGCGGGAUCGUCGCGUCGUUGUUUUAUAGCUUCGAUAUUUAUGAUGCACCAGUCAAAUGUAAGUUUGUCUUUCAGCCCAGUAGGACCACGUCGCAAUAACAUUAUUGACUGGCUGUAAAAAUUGUCAAAAAUGAUAAAUUGCAAUUAUAGUAUUGGAGAUUUCGCCAUAUAUCGAUUUAAGAAUCUGUUCAUUAUUUGGAGUGUUCAGGGAAACCAAGCUGUGGAAUUGUUAUGCAAGAGUAAAACCUUCGCAUUAGCCACACAUCAAAUUAAAAUAUAUGCUUUGUUAGAA